AUGAGCAAUAAUCUGCGGGAUUUAUUAUCGAGAAAUGAUUAUCUACCGCCUCUAACAGGUAUAUUUCAAACUUUCUAAAAUUAUUCAUCUAUAAAGUCGUUUAGAUCGAGAAUUGAACAUUAUCGGCUUUCCUACGCCGUUCGUUCGUCGCGCUCCGAACAACGGAAUUGGAGUAUACAGGACUAAUUUUCAAAGUAUUGCAUCGUUUAGAUUGAAUUGAAUUUCCCGACACUUGACAGGAGCUAAUGAAGCUAUCCGUCUAGAAGACGCGGCGUUCAACAGGUCCCGGAACUUCAACGAACGUGCUCAGCAGGCGGCAGUUGAUGCCGAGCUAGACAGGAUUGGUUACCGAAUUCCUGAGAGACAAGCUUUUCUGGUUUGGCUCUUCUCUCUUUUAAUGUUUCGAUUUAUUUACAGAGGACAUUGAACGAUUUGAGAGCAGCAGGGAGUGAAGAUGAGUCCGAAGACGAAGAAUGGUUGACAGAGUGGAAUGAGGGAAUGCGGCAAAUCGAGCGGGAAAUCGAAGAAGGCGUUUAUGACUACAAUAUUUCUGAUUCGCGGCCUAGGAACCUUCCGAAUGAAGAAUCAAGAGAACCUUCUCCACAAAUAGAGCAGACCCACGCUAGCAGACUGAAAACAGCACAAGUGACAAGAACGUCUCUAUCCGACCAAGUGAUUCCAACAGUGACUGAGCCGCCUGAGAACACUCAUACGAAAAAACAACGCAGACAUCCGAGGAAAUGCAAAAAAGUAAGAAUUGAAAGCAGAUAUCCUAAAAGGCGACGGACUGAAAUGCCCUUUUUCCAAUCAAUGAACUCGAAAAAAGCUUCGCAAAAGCUUGCCAAACAGAAUUCUACGAAACGUGGACCCGAACGUACAAAAAAACAAACAAUUAAAAAUGGUAUUCAUAUGGCCACGGUAUUUUGACUGUAUCAACUUAUCGACUUCAGAUUUACAUAUGACGCAAUCAAAUUCGAAGGCGAGAGUAGCAACAAAGCAAACGAGACGAAUGACCACUUCUUCUCUCAAAGUAAAGAAGCGUUCAUCAGAGCAGUCUGCCGAAGACUCCAUUUCACCAAAACGGCCUAGAGAGUGUGCAAAGCUGGCGAAGUCGAAAAUAACAAAGUCCAAAUCCUUCUGGAGUUAG